AGGCAGAGCGGCCGGAAGUCCUCUUCUCAGAGCUGCUUGUGGUGGAAGCCAAGUGGAGGCCGCCCGAACCGGGCGAGCCCGGAGCUUGUUUGGGCUGUGUGGACAGCGGGUCAAGAGGCGCCCCGCCUUCGCGCCACGGACUAUGGCGUCUCGGGCAGGUCCGCGAGCCGCCGGCACCGACGGCAGCGACUUUCAGCACCGCGAGCGCGUCGCCCUACACUACCAGAUGAGCCUCUAUCAUUCAGAUUUGUGUCCAUGUAUCCUGUACACUUGCCUGACAUACAAUUGAUGAUCAGAAAAAUUUGAAUGAAAGAUCCUUCUCCCUCUGCUCUACCCCACAGUGUGACUCUCAAGUAUGAAAUCAAGAAGCUGAUCUACGUGCAUCUGGUCAUAUGGCUGCUGCUUGUUGCCAAGAUGAGCGUGGGACACUUGAGGCUCUUGUCACAUGAUCAGGUGGCCAUGCCUUAUCAAUGGGAAUAUCCAUAUCUACUGAGCAUUGUGCCCUCUCUCUUGGGUCUUCUCUCCUUCCCCCGCAACAACAUUAGCUACCUGGUGCUCUCCAUGAUUAGCAUGGGGCUCUUUUCCAUUGCUCCCCUCAUUUAUGGCAGCAUGGAGAUGUUCCCUGCUGCACAACAACUCUACCGCCAUGGCAAGGCCUACCGCUUCCUAUUUGGUUUUUCUGCUGUCUCCGUCAUGUACCUGGUGUUGGUACUGGCAGUCCAAGUACAUGCCUGGCAGUUGUACUACAGCAAGAAACUCUUAGACUCUUGGUUCAUCAGCACACAGGAGAAGAAACGUAAAUGAAGCCUGCCUGAUGGACUGCUCUGAGGGCUGAAACCUGGGCCUCCCAUUGAGCAGGGUGAAGGGUAGAGGAGCUGUUCCAAAAUUCUUCCAUUGACUGUGGCAGCUGUGAUGUUGGCACCUAGCAUAGACUAGUCUCAAAUUUUGGUCUAGAGUUCUCUCUUGCCAUCUGCUGAGGUGGCAAAGCUAUAUUUAAUAAAAUAGUAUUCCUGACUAGCUAGAACUGGUGACCAAUGGCUGUGAAACACUUCAGCUGGUUGAAGUUAAGACCCUUCUUUUUUUUUUUUUUUUUUUUUUAAGAUUGAGCGUUAUCCUUGCCUUGCCUUGAUCAUUCCCCCUACUUCCAUGUAUCACCCCAAAGAGAUCUGGAAUAAAUCACAUUUUCCUUCAAGCUGUAGGUCAUGGGGCAGGAAACAUUUGGGAAGCUGCCCUCCCACCUCUCUUACAUGCUGUUCUCUCUACUGGAAACCAUUUUACUUAAAAAGAAUUUCAAUAAAGUUAAGACUUCCCUGUA